GGGAAAACCCUUUCCUCUCUCCUCUCCCUCUCUCCUCCUCUGAAGGCCAGCCUCUCUGUGCCGUCUAUCAGCUUGGUGUGUCUAGAGCAGCCACAGGGUCCGAACAGAGCAGUGAAAGGCACCGGCGCCCCAUCUACUCCUCUUUCUCUCUUUCUCUCACUCACAAUACUCCCUCUUUUUCUCUCUCUUCCUCUCUCCCCCCUUUACCUCCCAGUCAUACAAUAGACUUCCCCUGUACACUCCUGCCCAGAGGAAAGAACGGGGGGAAACGGUUUCCACAACAAUGGAAAUUCAAUCAGGAAAUGGAGAGGAGUUGGAGGUGGUGAGUGGCGAGUCAUUAGCGACCUCGGGGUCCGUUUCCUCCUCGCCGUAUCUCUCUGGCCCUCAAGCAGACGGUACUGAUGUCCAAGUACUCCGGGAAGACCUCCAGGCUGCCAAGACCAUUGAGAGAUUUGACAUCCCUCUGAGUAGCUUGAAGAGGAUGUUUGAGAAGCCCCCAGGAGCAACAAACACCGAAGUGAGAGCCGUACAGUCCAGCACAUCCAGAAGAGCCCCAGCCAGUAGCUACCAGCUGGACCAGAAGAGCGACCCAUCACCUGGUGAGAACAUGGCUUCAACUCAAGACCCCAGCCUCUCUGCGGACAGCGCGGGUGGAACCAGGUCAGGAAGUCCUGAGGAAAAGGAAGGGGUGGUGAGUCAGAGGAAAGGAGACGGAGGAGCGCCCACCAGCGAGGAGCCGGAGUCCGUGUCACUAAAGGAACGCAUGGCCAUGUAUCAGGCUGCCGUGUCCAAGAAGGAGACCAGCAGCUCAUCCGCCACGGUUAUGGAGGAGUCUGAAGUCUGUUCUCUGCCAGGGGGUCUGGCCGGCGUGAAGAAACAGUUUGAGAGCCAGGAGUACGCCUCCUCCUCCCAGUCCCAGACCAGCGUUACGCAGGUCCACUUAGAAAAGAGAUCCGUGCAGGAGGUGUCCAGCUCACAGGAGGUGACAGUGAGGAGCAGUGUCAGGGAGGUCAUUCCCACCACUCAGCAAGUGGCCUACUUCCAUGACCAGGAGGUGACUCAUGAUCAAAGAGUUCAACAAAGCAACGUGGCCUCCAGUUAUGAAAAGCAUUAUGACGAAACGGUUAAGGUCAUUGGAGGAGAGGACUUACCAAAGGUCUCCACUCAGGCUUUGAAGCAGCAGUAUGAGAAGACGGUAGAACAGGCCACGCCGGGCAAGCAAAUGAAGAUUGAUCUGGAUUAUAACCAGUUUCAAUGGGCACCGGUAAACCAGUCCUCCUCAGCAGCAGAUAGCUAUGAACGUUUGUCCACUGUGAAACAGUCAUCCAGGGCUUCAGCAGCAACGACCUCAUCCAUGGAUUAUGAGACCAUGGAGCACUUCCCUCCUCCACCCACUGAACUAAUGCCCCAGGAGGUCCCCGAGUGCUGUGACUCUCCCCUGCCUCAGGAGCAGGCUGGCCAACAGAGAUACAUCUUCAACAAGGAGCAGUACUCCAAGCAGAAGAACCGCAAUGAGCUGAAGCGCCUGUACAAGCACAUGCACCCAGAGGUUCGGAGGACCAUGGAGAAGGACUACUUCACCGACGUCACGGAGAUCGAGCAGUCACAGCUGGAUAGUGAAGAUGAGAUGACCGGGGAAGUCCAGCAGGCUUGCUAUGUGUUUGAGAACAGUGGUGGGGAUGAAUGUAUGAGCCCUGAGGGAGAUUACCUGGAGUGGGACGAGAUCCUUAAAGGGGAGGUGCAGUCCAUGCGCUGGAUGUUUGAGAAUAAGCCGCUGGAUACCAUUAAAGAUGACACCCCAGAUGAGGAUGAUGAAGUGAAGAACAUUGCUCAGCAGGAAAUCAUUGCAGGAAGUGAUGUCAAAUACACAGCAUGGAUGUUUGAGACCCAGCCCAUGGAUGCGCUGCGUGUAGACACUCCAGAAUCCACUGUACAGACAGGGAAAUUGACCGAGCUAGCGAGAGGAGACGUACGAACAGCCACCUAUCUUUUCGAGACCCAGCCACUGGAUUGUCUGAAUAAGUUCUACCAGGAGGAUGAGCAAACCUUGGAGGUUGUUUUCACUAAAGAUAUUACAGGAGGGGACGUGAAAACGGCCAGGUAUCUGUUUGAAACUCAACACUUGGAUUCCCUCAGCCACACAGAAACCAUUGAGGAGAGCCACUUCUUGAACCUGAAGUCAGAGCUUGAGGAGAUCAAAGGGGAAGUGAAGACAACCACACGGAUGUUUGAGACCCAGCCCAUGUGUGUCAUCAGGGGCGACUCUGGAAAUAUACUGGAGAUCACCGCCAUCCGCAGGGAGGAGAUGGAGAAAGGAGACGUGAAGACAUCCCGCUGGCUCUUUGAGACCCAGCCUCUGGACAUGAUCAACAAAGACCCUGCCAAGGUGAAGCUGAUCUGUGGAGUCUCCAUGGAGGACAACUCCCAGGGAGGCGUGAACCGAGGGAGGUGGCUGUUCGAGACAAAGACACUGGACUCCAUUAAAGACGAGGAAUGGCAAAGCAUCAGGCAAAAGGAGGAGAUUAUUGGAGCAGAUGUGCGGAAGCACUGCCUGGUUUUCGAGACACAGCAGAUGGAUACUCUGAAAGACAAUGCCAAUGCCAGACCUUUACCCUCAGAGGAGAUUGUAGGAGGUGAUGUGCGAUCAGCAAAACAUCUGUUUGAGACAGUGCCAAUAGAGAACCUGAAGGAUCUGGCUGAAGUAGGGAAACUUCAGAAGAUGGUUGCAUCCGAGGAGGAGAAGGGUGAUGUUAGACAUCAGAAGUGGGUUUUUGAAAGUCAACCACUUGAAAACAUAAGGGAGGAGAAGAAGGAAAUGACACGCACUAUAAACCUUGAAGAACUUGAUAAGGGUGACGUCACAAAUCACAAGGAAAGAUUUGAAACCUUGGAUUUAAGCAGAUGUGAGGGGGCACAGAGAAUUCAAGUUGAAGGUGUUACCAGUGGGUCUGUGAAAUCAAACAAAGUUAUUUUUGAAUCCACCCCGAUGUACGCCAUGCAAGACAGCGAGGGACACUACCACGAGGUGAAAACCGUGCGACGUGAGGAGAUAGUAAAAGGAAAUGUUCGAAGCUGCAGGUGGAUGUUUGAAACACAUCCUAUCGAUGAGUUUGAGGAAAGUAUCAAUAAAUUCCAGAUUAUAAAAGGUAUAUCAAAGGAGGAGAUUGAAUCGGGCGAUGUCAAGACUGCCAAGUGGUUAUUCGAAACUCAACCCCUCGAUGGUAUUAAACAUUUCAGCAACACUGAAGAUGAUGAAACUAAGACAAAGGAGAGUGUUGAAAUUGAGAAAGGUGAUGUGAAAACCUGCAGGUGGCUGUUCGAGACUCAACCAAUGGAUAAUCUGUAUGAGAAAGCAGAUAAGGUCAGGAAUGAGAAUGAGGUUGAGGAGGUCAACAAAGGGGACGUCAAAACAUGCACAUGGCUCUUUGAGACUCAGAACCUCGAUAACAUCUGUGACCAUUCAGAGUCCGAAUCGGAGACCGUUCUCAAAACCUGCACUGUCAAACUAGAGGACGUCCAAGGCAAAGAUGUGCAUCACGCUCGCUUCCUCUUUGAGACAGAGAACCUGGAGAACCUCACAGGGGAGGAGAGUGGUGCCUUCAGGAGGGUGACUAAGAUUGAUGUCCAGUCUGGAGAUGUGUCUAGGAUGAAGUUUCUCUUCCAGAAUAGGUCUUCAGACAUCAUGACCUCAACCUCAUCUGAAACAAUGCAUAAGCUGAAGACCCUUACGGCGGAGGAAAUUCAGAAAGGAAAUGUAGUGAACAACAUGUGGCUUUUUGAAAACCAACCUAUAGACACUAUCUGUGAGGAUACAGAGGGAGCCAAGGACACUCGCACCGUAACCGAUGUGCUGGGAGGAAACGUUGGUCAAGGACGCUUCGUUUUCGAGACUUACUCUCUCGAUAAAAUCCAGGAGGAGUCCACCGAGACUGAGAUGUCAAAACUCCAGAGCAUCAUCAGGGACGAUAUAGAGAAAGGGGAUGUGAAAAGCUACACCAUGAUGUUUGAAAAUCAGCCACUGUAUGCAAUCUGUGACAAAGAGGGCCACUACCAUGAAGUUACCACUAUGACAAAGGAAGAAAUCAUGAGCGGAGAUGUGGUGGGGGCCCGGUGGUUAUUUGAGACAAAACCUCUGGAUUCAAUAAGGGACACGGACGACGUCUAUGUCAUCAAAUCUGUCACUGAGGAGGACGUCCAGAAAGGUGAUGUCAGCACGGCCAGGUGGAGGUUCGAAACACAACCUCUUGAUGAAAUCGCUGAGGACAUGAAAGUGUUGACUAAAACAGUUGAAGAUAUCCAGGGUGGCGAUGUGAAGACAAACAAACACCUUUUUGAGACAGAUGAAAUGUCUCAGAAGUAUGUUAGAACUGUUAGCGUGAGUGAGAUCCAAAAAGGGGACGUCAGGACUGCCUCGUGGAUGUUUGAAACACACAGCAUCGAUAAGAUCCAUGGCGAGGGCUCAGAAUAUGAUGAAAUGGAGACAGUGACAAAAGAAGAAGUGAUGAAAGGAGAUGUCAAACAGUCUGUGUGGCUCUUUGAAAAACAGCCGCUUGACAGCAUUAAAGAGUCAGACGGAACAGAGACUGUUGUCACCCGGGAGGAGAUCCCACAAGCAGAUGUAAAGACAACAACAUGGCUUUUUGAAACCACUCCUUUAACCAAAUUUAAUGAGAACAGUGUAGAAAGAACUGAAAUAAUGGGGAAGAGCAUCAAAGAGACCCUUGAAGAGCUCUAUUGUCAGAAAAUGGUUGACUCACAAGGGAUUCUCAUUGAGACGGAUGAGAUAGGAGAUGUCAGAAUGGCCAAAUACAGACUCAUGAACCAAGAUGCUCCAGAAAUCCAGAAGGAGGAGGUGAUCAGAGGGGAUCUAAACAAUAUCAUGAUGAACCUCCUAAACAGACGAGAAAUGACAGAGAAAGGGAUAGUCAUAGACCAGGACGAGAGAGGCAACAUCAACACAACGGUAAAACAGCUAUUCAACCAAGAAAAGGGAUUCAAUAUUGAGAAGGAGGAAAUCCUCAGAGGCGACAUUCAAGAGGCCAUCAACAACCUACUGAAGGAGGAGGGCUCCUCAAAACGUGGAAUUCUGAUUCAAGAAGAUGAAAAGGGAGAUGUGCGAAUGACUAUAUACUCCCUCCUAAAUAAAGAAGACGGUGAUGGCAUUGAGAAGGAGGAUAUCAUCAAAGGCAAUGUCAGUAGGACCCUUCACAGACUCUUGUCCAACUCAGGGUCAGAGGAAUCUAAAAGGAUAAAGGUGGAAGACACGGAGAGGGGUAACGUUAGCUUUUACUCCACCUGUAUUGAAUCUGGGGCUCUGGAUUACCUCAAACAACUCCAGUUUGAACCCAAUGAGGAACAAGAACAGGCGCAGAAGGAACGUAUCAUUGGCGGCGACGUUAUGGAAACCAAAAUGACACUAAGGAAGAAUCAACAGCAGAUUGAACGCACAGUAGCUGAGGACGAUAUUGUCCCUGGUGAUGUCAACAACACAGUGAAGGUGUUCAUGAUGGAACCGGCUCUCUUGCUGGAAAACCUGCAGAAAGAGGAAAUUGUCAAGGGAGAUCUGAGGGCGGCCCUGGACUCACUGACCAAAACUAUUAGCAAGAGAGUCGUGAUAGAGAAAGAGGAAGUGGUGAAAGGGGACCUGCACACCACUCUGAGGUCUUUGGAGGAGGCUCAAAACCAAGCCAAGGAAAUGGAAAAGCCAGAAAUUGUCCGAGGUGAUAUCCGAGGAGCCCUCCAAUCAUUAGAGAAAUCGGCGACCACCAAGACUGAGGUAACUGUUGAGGAUUUAGUGCCCGGCGAUAUCAAAGGCACCUUGAAAUCACUAGAAGAGGCUAAGCAGGCAGUGAAAGAGAUGGAAAAGGAGGAGAUUGUAAAGGGAGACAUUCAUACUGCGCUGAAGGGUUUGCAUGAGGCCUCGAGUGAGAAAAAACUUUACCAGCACCAAGUGAGUGAACAGGGGGACGUGAGAGGCACAAUACAGCUGUUACUAGAACCAUCCACAUCCCCACGAAUGCAACGCAGGGGAAGCACUGAGGGAGAUGUGAAGACCUCCAUAAAAUGCCUCUACGAAGGGCAGGGGCAGGACCAGGAUGAGGAGCAAUCACAGAUGGAGAAGGAGGAGGUGAUAAAGGGAGAUGUUAAAGGAGCCAUAAAGAAUCUGAUGCAGAGAAAAGAAUAUUCAAAUCGGAAAGUACGAAAGUAUCCUCCCAGGAAAGCUCCCAGAGUUCAUGUGAAAAAUCCAUUACCCACACAGCAAGUGAUGGACCAUGAAUACUUAGAUGUGGCUAAGAAUGAGAACGUCACAGUCAAUCUAGCCCCUGCUGUGAAAAACCUGUCUCAGAGUCAGAGCAGUAAAUCACAGGACACAACACAAAAGCACACUGAGAAAUACACCGAGAACAAAUCAGUGAAGAGCAGCAAGACCCUCACCCAAGAGGAACACUCUAUGACAACACAGGUCCAAACAGUAAAUAUGUUGGAGGACUCACAGCAGGAACAUGUAAAAGAACAGACUGAAGUUAAAGAGCAGACACAUGUUAAACAACAGAGUGUGAAACAGAAAAUGCAACCCCCUCCUAAGCACAUGAUCAUAAAGAAGAAAAACCUGACCAAUCAGAUGACCGGUAAUACAUCAAUUAAUCAGAUGACAGAGAUUAAAGCAGCCAAUCAGAUGACUGUGAAUCAAUCAACCAAUCAGAUGACUGUGAAUGAAGCAGCCAAUGAGAUGACUGAUAAUAAAGCAGCCAAUCAGAUGACUGAGAAUAAAACAGCCAAUCAGAUGAUUGUGAAUAAAUCAGCCAAUCACAUGACUGAGAAUAAAGCAGCCAAUCAGAUGAUUGUAAAUAAAUCAGCCAAUCACAUGACUGAGAAUAAAGCAUCCAAUCAGAUGAGUGUGAAUAAAUCAGCCAAUCAUAUAACUGAGAAUAAAGCAGGCAAUCAGAUGAUUGUGAAUAAAUCAGCCAAUCAUAUAACUGAGAAUAAAGCAUCCAAUCAGAUGACUGAGAAUAAAUUAGCCAAUCAUAUAACUGAGAAUAAAGCAGGCAAUCAGAUGAUUGUGAAUAAAUCAGCCAAUCAUAUGACUGAGAAUAAAGCAGUCUCAGACAUAAAUGUGACGAAAGAAACACAGAGAGAAACACAAGUCUCAGACAUGAACGUGACAACACAGGUCAAAACAGUCAAUAUGUCUGAGUCCUCACAGCAGACACAUGUUAAAAAACAGGCUGUGAAACAGAGAAUACCACCACCCCCUAAACCCAUCUUCAUAAAGAAGAAAAACAUGACCAAUCAGAUGACUAAGAAUGAAGCAGCCUCAGACAUAAAUGUGAUGAAAGAAACACAAAGCACAUCUCAAACUAAUAUUGUUUCAAAGCAAACACAGGAAACAAAAACAAUGAAACGGUUGCAAACAACUGUGACAGAACAUAAGACUGUUACACAAAAACACAACGUCAAAAAUCUGAAUACAAAUUUCCGGAACCUGGACAUGAAGAGAAAAGGUAUAAUAAAGAAAGGGACGCCUGAGAUUCAUUUCCCUCCUCCUCCCACGUCCCCGCCUCCACCCUCUGAGUCUGAGAUGUCUCUUCCUCCCCCGCCCUCACCAGUGGCAGGCAGCCCAAUGUCCCUGUCAUGCCAUAGCCCAAUGUUUCCCACAUCCCGUCCCCUGAUUAUGAGACAGGACAGUGACCUUCCGCCUCCACCUCCUCCACCCCCAGCAGAAUGCGGGGAGCCUGACUUUUUCCCUUCUCCCCCAUCCCCAUCCUCCGACGCAGGGCAAGACUUUCUUCCUCCACCGCCCUCACAGCAAGAGCUAAACUCAAUGCCACACCAAGUGUCUACACCACCACCUGGAAAGCCAUUUAAAGCUAGGCCUUUAUUCAAAAUCCCAAAAUCUGAGCCACCCAAGAAACCAAUACUGGUCAAACCAAAAUGGCAGAAAAAGCAAGCAGCACCACCACCGCCUCCUCCACCUCCUCAACCAAUGACAGUUCAGACAGAACAUAAAGAGGAAGCAGUAGUCAAGGAAGUCAAGAGUGAAAACAGUUGUGAACAGGUGGAAACUACAAAUACUACCAACACACAGGUUCAAUCUGAUUUUACAGUGUCCAUUACUAAAAUCCCUUCACCAAUCCCAGUGGCAAAACCACCACAGGAAGAGUUGCCACGACCACCUAAAAAGGUAUUCAUCCCUCCAAUCAAAAUACCCCCACCUGCAGAACCUGCCCCAGUUGCAAAACCUAAACCGUAUGCCAGUAAAUUCAAAACCCCACUGAUGCUUGCAGAGGAAAGGUAUCGUGUGCAAAGAGAGGAGGCUGACAGAAACAAGUCACAAGACACAACUCCCGCCACUUCACGAGUCACAUCUCCCACCUCUCCUCCAACUAAUAUGAUGCAAAUGAUGGGCUCAACCAAUGUUGCAAGUGAACAACACUCAGCUGCACACAAAACAGAGCAGUCAAAAGUGACCUCAGAGGUAACACAGGCUGAGGAAACUCAUUCUAAAAGCAAAGUAUGCACAGCAUCACAAGAGCCGCCCAUGAAGAAAGCUCUAUCACAUAUCCCCCUGAGCAAACCUUUGAUCUCAGUGGGAAAUAAGAAAUCAACCUCUGAAUCUGGAAAUAUUUCCUCAGAUAAGAAACACAUUACCACUGAUCAGUCCUCUAUGGUCUCUUCUGGGAAAGUACUCGCCUCGUCUGUUGCCUCCAGAAAACAUCAGUCUGUUUCCUCUGGCAAGCAUCAGUCUGUUUCCUCUGGCAAGCAUCAGCCGGUUUCAGUCUCUGCUGCUCACCCUCACCAUGAGUCCAACAUUAAAGUCCAAUCUGGCUCUAAUGUGAUUUCGUCCUCAGUAGCUGAGCAGCAGAGUGGUAUGAAUGCUAGCUCACGGUCUAUCAUCUCCACUCAGAGCAUUGUCCAGGAAAAUGUACAUCUUCAAACCCAAUCCGCCGUCCCAUACGAAGCAGAGGAGGAAAAGAAUACUAACCCCUCUCUCACACAGGAAGUAAAAAAGAUUGCAUCUCAGCCCACCAAGAUCAAAAUUCCAAAAGUGACACCAAAUUUCAAGGUGAGAACAGUGAAGUUGCCGACAGAGAAGGAGGAGAAAAGCGAGGUGGUGGAAAAAGAUCAACGAGCAGUGAAAAACGAAUUACAUGUACAUCAAAUGGGUAUGGAGAAUAUUUCUAAGAGUGAGACCAGAGUAGUUCAGGAGAGCACGCAGAUGGCCACCAGUAGCUCAGCUAAAAAUGAAGUAAAGGUGGCGAUGAAUGUGACACAGGAGAAAGCUGAGGAGGUUGAGAAAACUGCAGCUGCCAAUGAAACAAAGCUGGAGAUCCAAAUGACGACAAAGGCUAAGCAGAAAGGCAUUAAAGUCCCUUUUCCCAAAGAGCCAAAGCUAGUUCCCAUGCCAGUAGCUCAAGCUCCAGGGCACUGCCACAUAUCUGUCUCCCAUAGUCAACAGAGCAUGCAGGAACAGCACAUUCAGAAGCACGAGCAAGUGAUUGUUAAUGAGAGAGUAGUUCAACAGAGCUUCCAGAAGCAGGAACAGCAGGUUCGCACACAGACGCAGCAGGUCAAGUCUUUCCAACAACAAGGAGAAGCAAGCAAAAUGCAACAGCAUCAAGAGAGGUCGAAGGCAGAGUCUAAGGCUGUCUCCAUGAACAUUGCAGGGAAGGCAGCAGCACAGACAGAAACAGCUCAAUCAAUGGUGGAAAGCUCAGCUCAAUCGGUGGAGAGCACAGAUUCAGAGAAAUGUGUAAUGGUACAGAAGCUGCUAUUUAACAUUAAGCAGCUUCAUCCAGGGAAAAUGGAUUCAAACUCAGUGAGGGCAAUACUUAGUGAGGUCCCUGUCUGGUUGAUGAGGGCGGAGGAAAAGCGUGAUUUAACACAGGCUGCUGGUCAGCAGAAUAAGAAGAAGCUCACAGAAAUCAUGUUCCAUGUGAGAAACCUAGCACAAGCAAAACUUGUAAACUUAGAAGGACAAAUGUCAGCCAUGGCAAAACAGGAUAGAGAACCGGCACCUGCAUCACCUGCACCACCACCUGCACCAGCAUCUGAAAAUAAAUUAUUUGGAGGAGCAACAGCCAAGAUAUCUAAAACAAGCAUUGGCUCAUCAAGAGUCGAAACCCAUAAGAAAAUGGUUGAGGAGAAGAAGAUCUCUCAUGAGAGCAAAAAAACGGAGCUGACUGAAGUAAAAGGUCCUGAUCCCAGAGUUCCCUCUCCCAUGCUUGCAACGCGAACACCUUCACCUACCUUCAUCAGCAUUGAAUCAGUGAGGAGAACAGACUCACCCCUCAUGGUGACCCCCUCACCUCCUCCGUCAUACAGGUCUGGUGCCACCCCAACCCCACCACCUCCCCCUCCCCGCACCCCUACCUCUCGGUUCUGUAGGGCCACACCCUCUCCCACCUUGAGCAGCUCAGAGAAGCUAGCCAAGUUGAAGGACACCACUGCGAAGCUCUCUCAGGGCAUGACCCCUCCGCCACCCAUGCCUGAGUUUCUGACCACAGAGCAAGCCUCUGACAGAGAGGAUUCUCCAGCGCUGAUUGAACCUGAGAUCCACAUGCAGACACAGGAGAUGGAGACUGGGACGACGACUCCGGAUGUGGCUGAUAUGGUUGACUCCAUGAUGACUGUCAGAGACAAGAAGUUCUUCUUUGAGGAAGCUCAGAAGGCAGAGGUGAGCAGGACAUACAUGCGGAAGGACCCCAUUGAAAUCUCGGAGCGCCUGGGUCCAGAGGAUCUAGAGGAAGUUCCUGAGGGUGUGAAUAUAGGCAUAAUGAAAGAGGAUCUCCCUAGGCUUGACCUGUCAAAGCUGGUCAAUCAAUUUGAAUCGCCACAACCAAAGCUGUUCAUCAGAAAAGAUCCCAUCAUCAUCACAGAUAGACUGGGAAGUGACACUGAAGAUCCAGAGGCAGACCCCAAAACGCCAAAAACUGAUGAAACACCUGCCUUCAACAUCAAGGCCAUCAAGAAUGCCUUUGACUUGGGUGAUCAUAAUGCUCUCAAAGAAGUGAGAGAGAAACAAGAGGAGAGAGAGAGGAGAGAAUCAGAGUCUGCCGAACCGGUGGGGCAUUCCGAAACAAAGUCCGUCACUGAGGAGUUCUCUGGCAUGGAUGAAUUUGGCAACGUAACAAGCGGGGUGAGGAGCGAGACCAGCAUGCACUCUGAGAGCCACAUGUCCCGCCCCCUCCCUCCCUCCUACGCCGACGUGGUGAAAGGGACGGUUGAAGAGAUGGCAGUUCCUGUGAAGGCCGCCACAGAGGACCUACUGAAGAGCUUCAACCAGUCCUGGGCCGAAAGAGAGAGUGUGUUCCAGAAUCUGGGAUUCAGUGUCUCAGAACAGAGGACAUCACAGAUUGUAACACACCAGCAGGAGACUGUCGUGACGGAAAACUCCAGUUCCAGAGUCCGAACUGUGCACGGUGUGUCGGAAGAGGGUGUAUCCGAUGGAGUGUCUGAUCGCAGACAAACACAAUUUCCAUAA